CUCCUCAGCCUCGUCGCCACGGCCCAAGCCCACAUGGAAGUCUCAUGGCCCCCCGUCUUCCGCUCAAAGUACAACCCCCGAGUGCCCGGCAACCUCAUCAACUACGACAUGACGUCGCCCCUCAACGCCGACGGCUCCAACUACCCCUGCAAGGGCUACCAGGUCGACGUCGGCAGGCCCGAGGGCGCCCCCGGCGUCACCUGGCGCGCCGGCGGCACGUACAACCUCACCGUCGCCGGCUCGGCCACCCACAGCGGCGGCAGCUGCCAGGCCUCGCUGUCCUACGACCGGGGCCGGACCUGGGUCGUCGUCCACUCCUGGAUCGGCGGAUGCCCCCUGACGCCCACCUGGGACUUUACCCUGCCCAACGACACUCCCCCCGGCGAGGCCCUCUUUGCCUGGACCUGGUUCAACAGGAUCGGCAACCGGGAGAUGUACAUGAACUGCGGAGCCGUCACCAUCCGGCCCUCGGGGCGUGCUGCUCGCAGCCCUGCUGAUUCGAUUUACAACCGCCCUGCGCAGUUUGUUGCCAACGUCAACAAUGGCUGCGCUACUCUCGAGGGCGCCGAUGUUCUCUUUCCUAGUCCUGGUCCUGAUACCGACUUUGAUUCUGAUCGCACUGCUGCCCCUGUUGGCAAGUGCGGUGCUUCG